ACUUCCUGUCCCUCAAGCGGGGAGUAAUUGUUUCAGGAUCGCGUGUGGUCAGGCACGCGUCGUGGGCGUGGGGUUCUUCACCGAGAUCCUGAGUUGUUCGGGACUUGGCGGUGGAUUGUUGGUGGCUUCCCCCUCUCUCCUCCUGCCGCUUCCUGGACCUGAACCUGAACUGGAUCAGAACCGGUUUCAGCCCGUGGUGGUUGCCGGUGCCACGAUUGGAGCCCUGCGGCCUGAUCGCAUGUAGUGGAGGCGCUUUCCGCAACAACAUCAUCAGGCUUGGAGUUAAAUAUUAAUAACUGGAGCAGUUGCGUCGCUCUGGGUUUUUGAACAGGAGGGGGUUAUGGCAGGCCGUCAGAACAUAAAAACAGUGAUCACUUCAAGAUAUGUGAAGACCCACGUGACUCAGCCCCGCGCCUUUACUCCAGCUCUGACGUCGCUCUGGAAGCGGGACUUUUCCUGCUCUUAUUUUGAAGUGAAGAGCGGAAGUUGGGUGUGUUUGGGUCGGAGCGGAGCGGGAGCGGCGGGACACGAGCCGCUGAGAGAGGGGCGCGAGACACAAACACCAACAGGUAAACAACAACAGCAGCAGCCAAUCAGAGCCGCCGGGUGCCGCCCACUCAGGAUGGACGGAGGAAGUCCCGCCUCCGACUCACUUCCUGUUCCCACCGACCCGGUCCGGAUGGGUCCAGACUCUCAGAACCAGGAGGCGGUUCAUAGCGGACCCGACUGCCUAUCUGGGUCAGCAGAACCUCCUUCAAGCCCACAAUCAACCAGACCAGAACCUCCUGGUUCUGAGCAGACAGAACCAGGAGGUUCUGCAGGACCAGAAUCAGCGCCAGAAACAAGUUCAGGCCCGGUUCUCCAGAACCUAGAAGCCUCUACAGAUCAAGUUGAGGAGGAACCCGGUUCUGAUCCGUCUGAGGUUCUGACUGCAGGACCAGAGGAACCUGGAGUCCAUCAGAACCUGCAGUGUUCAGAAGAACUCCAUCAGAACCCUGGUGAGGUUCUGUCGGCAGAGGAAGGCGGUUCUGCUGCGUCCUGUUUGGGUCGACCCGGCCGUACGGAGUGUCUGGACCUCCAGAACCGUCAGGCCCCGCCCCACGGCAGCCAGGUGUGGCCCCGUCCCCCCGGCGCUGCAGGUGAGCCCAGACUGUGCGGCUUCCUGCAGAAGCAGGCGGGGCCCCUGAGGGCCUGGAAGCGGCGCUGGUUCAGCUACGAACAGAACCAGAACCAGCUGUUCUACUUCCGCUCACCGAAGGAUGUGGCGCCGCUGGGCCGGAUCCGACUGAGCGGCGCCACCUUCACCUGUCCGUUGAACGCCGAGAGCGGCACCUUCCACAUCCAGACGCCCGAACGCACCUUCAUCCUCAAGGCGGUGAGUCAGGAGCUGAUGCUGUACUGGCUGCAGCAGCUGCAGGUGAAGCGCUGGCAGCACCGUGACACGUCUACUGGACCGGACCGGACCAACACCAACAACAACAACCUGACAGACGACUUCCUGCCGAGGCAGCAUGGUCCUGUGGGCCUGGUGGGGGAGGCGGCGGCCGUCGCUCCGGCCCAGCACUCGACGCUUGCCAGCGUCUCCAUCAAACACCCGCUCAUCCAGAUCCAGAACUCGGUCCACAGUCUGAGGAAGAGAACGUCUCAGGACUCCAGUCAGAGCUCAGUGUUCUACACCGAUGUUCUGCCCUGGACCGAAACCGGGCCGGAGGACGGAGGCACCCCCGCAGAUGACGCCGCAGGUCAGAGGUCGGCGUCUCCGUCCCUCAGCUGGAGGUCCAAGUCCCGGGUCUCGUCCUCUGUGUCGGUCCCCUGCGGGGUCGCGGCGUCCUCGGAGCGGACGUCCCGCCUGCAGCAGGACAAGCAGAUGCUGAUGGAGGAGGUCAAGGCUCAGAAGGAGCUGGUCUGGAUCCUCCACAAGGCCCUGGAGGCGUCGCAGCUGGAGAAGCGCAGCUGCAGCGAGUUCCUGGCGGCACAGGACGAGCAGCGGCGCCUGGAGCUGCUGCGGCACGGCGAGCGGCUGGCGGCGGACCUGAGGGCCCGGCUGGACGGCGCCAAGAUGGAGGCCGAGGCGCUGAGGCGUUGCCUGGACGACAGAGACGCUCAGCUGGCCGAGCUGCAGGAAGAGGUCAGGCUGCUGGAGGAGAAGAACGCCGCCAAGCAGCAGGUGAUCCUGAAGCUGACUGAUCAGGUGACCUCCUGCCUGUCGGACUCCUCUGGUUCCGACCAGAACCAGAACCAUCAGAACCACAAGCAGCUCCAGCAGCAGAUGGAGAAUCUCAAGGACGACUUGGCGGCGUAUCAAACCCAGAACCGGUUCCUGAACUCUGAGAUCUACCAGCUGACCAAACUGUGGAGGAAAAGCUCCGAGCAGGAGAGGAGCCUGAUGGUGAAGUGUGCGUACCUGGAGGCCACCAACUGCCAGAUGGAGAGCCGUUACCUGGGCGUCCUGCGGAGGCUGCAGGAGGCCAAAGCUCUGGCUCCGGAGCAGCAGGAGGCCGUGCAGCGGCUGAUCCAGGACGCCCUGGGAAGAGAGGCCAAGGGCGUCGUGAAGCUGAGCGCGGACAGGGAUCACGACGAGUACGGCUUUAAGAUCGUCCCCGACUACGAGGUGGAGGACAUGAAGCUGCUGGCCAAGAUCCAGGCGCUGGAGAUCCGGGGCCACAGUUUGCUGCAGCAGGACAGCAUGGAGCGCCCCCUGCUGGCCCGCUGGGCGCAGUACCUGGCCGGCCGUUCUGAGGAUGACCUGUGUCCAUCUCCGGAGCUCAAGGCUCUGCUGCGCUCCGGCGUCCCUCAGCAGUACCGGCAGAGAGUGUGGCGCUGGCUGGUCCGGACCAGAACCAGAACCGUCUGGGAGCGCCACCCCCAGCGGUACCAGCAGCUGUGUGAGAAGAGCCGGACGUCGCCGCACCCGGCCUGCAGGCAGAUCCAGCUGGACCUGCACAGAACCCUGACCACCAAUCAGAACUUCUCCUCGCCCUCAAGCCCCGCCCUCCAGCAGCUGCGCCGCGUCCUGCUGGCGUUCUCCUGGCAGAACCCGGCGGUCGGCUACUGCCAGGGGCUUAACAGGCUGGCGGCCGUCGCACUACUGGUGCUGCAGAGCGAGGAAGACGCCUUCUGGUGCCUGGUGGCCUUGGUGGACGCCAUCAUGCCUCAGGACUACUACACCAAGAAUCUGCUGGCCUCUCAGGCCGACCAGCGGGUCCUGAAGGACUUCAUGGCAGAGAAACUCCCCAGGCUGGCGGCGCACCUGGAGGGUCACGGGGUUGACGUGUCGCUGGUCACCUUCAACUGGUUCCUGGUCGUCUUCGUGGAGAGUCUGCCCAGCGACAUCCUGCUGCCACUGUGGGACGCCUUCCUGUACGAGGGCUCCAAGGUGAUCUUCAGGUUCGCUUUGGCUCUGUUCAAGUACAAAGAAGACGACCUGCUGAAGAUCCACGACAACGUGGAGAUCUACCAGUACCUGCGCUUCUUCACCAAGACCGUCACCGACAGCAGGAAGUUGGCGGCCAUUGCUUUCUGUGACAUGAACCCGUUCCCGCGGCGCCUGCUGAGGAACCGGCGCGCGCUGCACCUGGAGCGCCUGCAGGGGGAGCUGCAGGAGCUGGAGGAGCAGCAGAAGGAGUUUGUGACAGAGAGCGCCGAGCGGAAAGACAAGGAGCUGGACCCGGCCAGCGAAGACGAUGACGAACUUUAAUGAGAGGAAACCCGGGAGCGCUCCCUGAUUGGGUCCCUGGUUGGCUCCCUGAUUGGGUCCCUGAUUGGGUCCCUGGUUGGCUCCCUGAUUGGGUCCCUGGUUGGCUCCCUGGACCAGGACAUUAUUAUCAAAGCUCUAAAUAAAUGUUCUGCAGGUUCAAAUUCCUGCUUCUUCAUUAAA